UAUCCAACGUAAAAAAUAAUAAAACUGAUUUUAUUGUGCGUGAUAGAACUAGGAUUUUAAUCCUUAGUGCGGUAUUCGAAAUAUCCUUUAUAAGAUUAAAGGAUACACAAAUUUUCAUGAAGGAAAAAGUAUAAAGGAUAUUAAGAAAUAUCCCUGUGACUAAAAAAUAUUAGUGAAAAGAGAGAGGAUAAAAAGAUUUAUUCUUUCAAACACUUGCGACGUACAAAUUAGUGGAACCAGAAAGGAUAUAAAGAUCUAUCCUUUUGGUGAACAUCCUUGUGUCAGAAGAAAACCUAGUGAAAAAAAAGGAUAUUCCUUCGAACACUAUAGUGAAUUAUAAACUUCAAAGAAACGAUAUAAAUAUCCGUACAACAUAAUUUACAAUUUUACGGACUCAAAAUUUAACAAAGUUAAAAUCAAAAAUAAAAAAACUAUAAAAUAUAUCCUUAAACAUAACUAAAAACCAAACGGAACAAAAUAAAAAACUGAGAAAUAACAUUGCCAACAAGCUAAUAAGUUAAAGAACAGUUCAUGCCGAGAACUGCACCGUGGAAGACCCUACUACUAAGAAGAAAGUGAACCCGCAAUCCUUAGCACCAACAACCAAAUUUCAAAUACGGUGGCAACUCUCUUUAUGUGUCGCUUAGUAGCAGCUGAUUGUAUUCGGGCCGGCAAUUGUAAUUGCAAAUUCCUGGAAACUCUUAGGCCAUAAUCAUCAUGUCAGCUGCUGUUUCGCCUGCUCCAGCUUCCAGCUCCAUGAAUCGCAAAAGAUGGCACAAUUUGCGAAACAUCUUAGAGAGAAAGGGUCCUUUCUGCAAGUCCGAUUUCACACCAUCUGCUGAUAAUUUGGAGUUUUUGCAAAAUACUUGCAAAAUUUUGGUCAUAGGUGCUGGUGGCUUGGGCUGUGAAUUACUCAAAGAUUUGGCCUUGAUGGGCUUUGGCGAUAUUCAUGUCAUCGAUAUGGACACCAUCGAACUUUCCAAUUUGAAUCGUCAGUUUCUGUUUAGACGCAACGAUAUUGGUUCGUCGAAGGCUGAGUGUGCGGCAAAAUUCAUUAACAAACGCAUACCAACAUGUCAAGUGACUCCACAUUGUGCAAAAAUUCAAGAUUUCGAUGAAUCAUUUUAUCAACAAUUCCACAUCAUUGUUUGUGGUUUGGACUCGAUUGUGGCCCGCAGAUGGAUAAAUGGCAUGCUGAUUUCAAUGCUGAACUACAAUGAGGAGGACGGUAGUGUGGAUGCCUCAAGCAUCAUACCCAUGAUUGAUGGAGGCACUGAGGGUUUCAAAGGAAAUGCUCGUGUUAUUUUGCCUGGCUAUACAGCUUGCAUUGAAUGCACAUUGGAUCUUUUUCCACCUCAAAUUAACUAUCCACUGUGUACGAUUGCAAAUACACCACGUUUGCCGGAACAUUGCAUUGAAUAUGUCAAGAUAAUACAAUGGGACAAAGAGAAUCCCUUUAAUUGUGCCUUGGAUGGCGAUGAUCCUCAGCAUAUUGCCUGGAUUUAUGAACGUGCCAUGGAGAGGGCUAAUCAAUUUAACAUAACAGGAGUCACAUAUCGUUUGGUUCAAGGCGUUAUAAAGCAUAUAAUACCUGCAGUGGCCAGUACCAAUGCUGUUAUUGCUGCUGCCUGUGCCACCGAGGUCUUUAAAUUGGCCACAAGUUGUUACGAUAGCAUGUCCAACUAUAUGAACUUCAAUGACAUCGAUGGCAUCUAUACUUACACCUAUGCUGCGGAGAAAUCCGAAACUUGUUUGGCCUGUAGCAAUGUACCGCAAGUUGUGAACAUUGAAGAUCCAAAUACCACCACCUUAGAAGAUCUAAUUAAGAUUUUAUGUGAAAAUGCACGUUUUCAAAUGAAGCAGCCAGGUAUUACAACUAUGAUGGAUGGUAAAAACAAAACGCUUUACAUGGCCACAGUGAAAAGUAUCGAGGAACGUACUCGGGCCAAUCUAACGCAAUCGUUGGGCGAAUUGGGCCUUAAAGAUGGCCAAAUAAUUAUGGUGGCCGAUCAGACAUCACCCACAACCAUAGCUUUGCAGCUCAAAUACAAUGCAAAUGAAGUGGAAAUGGCUUGAAUACAAAAAUAAAAUAAACGAAAUAACAACAAAAAACAUGCAAGGAACUUAGUUUCAAGAAAAACGGAAUGUAAUAGGAAUAAUUUAAAUUAAUACAUUUAUAAAUGAAUAAACACAGGCAAAUAAAUUAUUAAAAAUCACAACACGAAACCAAAAAACUAACACAACAACAACAAACUUAAUUGCAAAUCAAUUAAAAUAUCACCAUUAGCAUUUCAUCUGUAUCGAAUAUCAAUAAAAACUAUUCACUAAUCUCAUCAA